GGCGGUGGGCCGCGGGAGUGGGGCGCAGGCAUCCUUGAGGUCGCCGUGCUCCGCAGGGCCUCCUCCCUGCCGCCACCAUGGGCAUCAAAUUUUUAGAAGUUAUCAAACCCUUCUGUGCAGUUCUACCUGAAAUUCAGAAACCUGAAAGGAAAAUCCAGUUUAGAGAAAAGGUGCUAUGGACUGCUAUAACUCUGUUCAUUUUCUUAGUGUGUUGUCAGAUCCCACUGUUUGGAAUCAUGUCAUCAGAUUCUGCAGAUCCUUUCUACUGGAUGAGAGUUAUUCUUGCAUCUAACAGAGGAACUUUAAUGGAACUGGGAAUCUCCCCAAUUGUAACAUCUGGUUUGAUCAUGCAGUUGUUAGCUGGAGCCAAAAUCAUUGAAGUUGGUGAUACACCUAAGGAUAGAGCGCUCUUCAAUGGAGCCCAGAAAUUAUUUGGUAUGAUCAUUACCAUUGGGCAAGCUAUUGUGUAUGUCAUGACGGGCAUGUACGGGGACCCCGCGGAAAUGGGUGCUGGCAUCUGUCUCUUGAUCAUCAUUCAGUUGUUUGUUGCUGGUUUGAUUGUGCUGCUGUUAGAUGAGCUGCUACAGAAGGGUUACGGCUUGGGGUCUGGGAUUUCCCUCUUUAUUGCCACCAACAUCUGUGAGACCAUUGUCUGGAAGGCCUUUAGUCCCACUACCAUUAACACUGGCAGAGGCACCGAGUUUGAGGGAGCAGUCAUUGCACUGUUUCACCUGCUGGCCACCAGGACAGACAAAGUCCGAGCUCUGAGGGAGGCGUUUUAUCGUCAGAAUUUACCCAAUCUCAUGAACCUCAUUGCUACAGUUUUCGUGUUUGCUGUUGUCAUCUAUUUUCAGGGAUUUCGUGUUGACUUGCCCAUUAAGUCAGCCCGGUAUCGAGGACAAUAUAGUAGCUAUCCCAUCAAACUCUUCUACACCUCAAACAUUCCCAUUAUCCUUCAGUCGGCCUUAGUUUCAAACUUGUAUGUGAUUUCCCAGAUGCUGUCUGUUCGAUUUAGUGGCAACUUCUUAGUAAAUUUACUAGGACAGUGGGCUGACGUCAGUGGAGGAGGCCCUGCCCGCUCUUACCCCGUCGGAGGCCUCUGUUACUAUCUUUCUCCGCCAGAGUCCAUGGGUGCCAUAUUUGAGGAUCCUGUCCACGUCGUCGUUUACAUUAUCUUCAUGUUGGGAUCCUGUGCAUUCUUUUCUAAGACUUGGAUAGAGGUGUCUGGUUCCUCUGCCAAAGAUGUAGCUAAGCAGCUUAAAGAACAGCAGAUGGUAAUGCGGGGUCACAGAGAUACCUCCAUGGUUCAUGAGCUUAAUAGGUACAUCCCCACGGCUGCUGCGUUUGGAGGCUUGUGCAUUGGCGCCCUCUCUGUGCUGGCAGACUUCCUGGGAGCCAUUGGAUCUGGCACUGGGAUUCUGCUUGCAGUCACCAUUAUUUAUCAGUACUUUGAAAUAUUUGUUAAGGAACAGGCUGAGGUUGGUGGGAUGGGUGCUUUGUUUUUUUAAAUGUUCAAAUAUUUCUUCUUGUGUGUGUGAAAGGGAAAACAUUUUGACAUGUUGUUUUUGUCAAAGAAUGCCAGUUCUCCUUCUCUCCCUUCACAGUUUCUUGUUUUCAAGUGCUAAUUGUCCCAUUUCCAGAAUGGGCGCCGAGCUAAGCCUGUGUGCAGCGUUAGUACCAGCUGCCUUAAAACCGAAGUUUACAUUCUCCAUUAAGAACUGUCCAUCUGGUGUUGCCUGUCCUGCUGGAAAUCAGUGCAUCCACCUUGCUGUAUGAAAUUAUGACGGUGAGACGGUGACAUGCAUUCGUUUUGCACACAAUGUUCAGAAUACUACACCCCCAACACUUGUUUAAAAAUAAAUGUAGUUCAAAUUGCCACUUUCCAGUAUUUUUGAACUUAUUUAAUGAGUUCUGGAACAUUUAUAUCUAAUCUAUAUUUUAGAUAAUUACUUUUUUAUACUUUUUUAACUCAUAGUGUCCAUGAUCCUGGCCCUCCCUGCCCCGACCCUCCCUCUUCUUAUUUGUCCCCUUCCAGAGCAGCCACUUAGCCCAGACGGGCUGAACUCCGGCAUCAGUUACCUGUGUCCGUAGAGCCAGCUGUUUCCGAUCACUCCUGCUCGUCAUUCCUCCUUUCUUCCAGGUGACAGCAUACUCAGUGCUGUUUGACUGUAUUGGCUAUGCCUCCUAAUUCCAACCAGUCACUUGAGAAUACUCCUUCAGAUACUAUGCCCCUCUUCUUUCUUUCUCUUUUUAAUCCCUAAAGCAAAGAUUUAAUUCUCAAGCAAUGUCUGUAGUUCAGUGGGGGUGAACAAUGAGUAAUUCAUGCUAGGAAUUUAUGUAUGUUGUUGUACUUGCAGCAGCAACAAGAGUGUAAACAGUAGACAAUAAACUUUUAUUUAAUAAAAC